AUGCGCGCAACCGAGAUGGAGGACCAUCACGCCCCGGUGCCGCUGUCAGCGGCGACUAGCACCUCUCGCUCUUACGGCACGUACAGCUACGACGUUCACGAGUAUGACCGCAUGCGGAAAGUGGACCUCGCCUCCUCGGUGCGCCAGCGCUUUCCCAGGCGCUCCGACACGGUGACCAUGGGCGGCGAGCACUUCGGUGCGGGAAUACAAGACUCGCUCGAGGACAUCUUCGCCUGUGCCAACGAGGCAGCGCCGAUGUACGAAAAGCUCGGCAAGGUAGAGGGCAUCGCGAACACGCUGCACACGUCCCUGAAGAACGGCGUAGAUGCGAGCACCGCGGAGGCGCGCCGCGCUUUCUUUGGCAAGAACGCACUGCCGGAGGAACCGCCGCUGACCUUCUGGGAGAUGUACAAGGCCUCCUGGGAGGACAGCAUGAUCCGCCUGCUGACGGUGGCGGCCAUCGUGUCGCUCAUCCUGGGCCUCACUGUGCCGGAUCCCGGCCAGACGGAGGUGAACUACAAGACGGGCUGGAUCGAGGGCUUUGCCAUCAUCUGCUCUGUUAUCAUCGUGACCACCGUGACAUCCGUUAACGACUAUAACAAGGAGAGGAGGUUCCACAAGCUGACGGAGGAGAACUCCGCGCAGCCGGUUCGCGUGCGUCGCGGCGGAAAAGAUGUCACGAUCGAUGUGACGGAGAUCGUCGUGGGCGAUAUCGUGAACCUGUCGCCCGGGCUUGUGGUGCCUGUGGAUGGGUUCUACGUGACGGGCAUGAGUGUCGUGAUCGACGAGAGCAGCGUGACGGGGGAGAAUGACCCGAAGAGGAAGAGCGCGAACGCGCCGAUCAUCUUGACGGGGACUGUGGUGAACACUGCGGAGGAUGCGUACAUGCUUGCGUGUGCCGUGGGUGAGCGCUCGUUCGGCGGCAAGCUGCUGAUGGAGUCGCGCGGCGCUGGUGCGCCUCGCCCGACGCCGCUGCAGGAGCGCCUGGACGAGCUUGCCGACCUCAUCGGUCGCAUCGGUCUCGGCGCUGCGAUCCUACUGUUCGCCUUGCUGUCCUUGAUGGAGGCGGUCCGGAUGCUGCAGCACAAUCCGGGAGCCUCGUACCGCCACUUCCUCGACUACUUUCUUCUCUGCAUCACCAUCAUCGUGGUGGCCGUGCCGGAGGGUCUUCCGCUGGCCGUGACGAUCGCGCUUGCCUACUCUCAGAACAAGAUGCACGACGACAACAACCAGGUGCGCCGCCUGCGCGCGUGCGAGACGAUGGGGAGCGCGACACAGAUUUGCAGCGACAAGACAGGCACGCUGACGCAGAACCUGAUGAGCGUGGUGCAGGGCUACGUUGGCAUGCAGCACUUUUCCGUGAAGCGUCCUGGCGACUUGCCGGAGCCGGUGCCGCUGUCUGGCAUGUGCGCGACCUCGCUCCGCCAGCUCCGCGAGGGCAUUGCGAUCAACAGCUCGAGCGAGAAGGUUGUGAGCACGACGGACAAGGAGGGCCACACGGUUGCGCCGUACUGGCAGUGGGUGGCGGACAAGGGCAACAAGACGGACAACGCGCUGCUGGACUUUGUGGACCGCGUUGCGAUGACGGAGGCGGAGGCGCGCGACAUGGGGUCGCGGCCGCACCAGCGGAUCCGCGAGGCGAGCCGGCAGCGCGGGUUCACGAUCUUCCCGUUCACGAGCGACCGGAAGCGGAUGAGCGCUGUUGUGCGGCAGGAGGACGGGACGCUGGUGCACCACGUGAAGGGCGGGUCCGACCGUAUCCUGCCGCUGUGCGACCGGUACGUGAACGAGGCGGGCGACGAGGUGCCCAUGACGGACGAGGCGCGGGCGCGCAUUGCGCAGCAGGUGAAGAAGCUGGCGGACAUGGCGAACCGCACCAUCGGUGUCGCGUACGCGGUGCUUGGCGGCACUGAGCUUCCCGAGGAUGAGCCGACCGAGAGUUUGGUAUGGCUGUCCCUACUGGGCAUCCAGGACCCGCUGCGGCCGGAGGUGGCGGACGCCGUGAUGAAGUGCCAGGCGGCGGGGGUGACGGUGCGCAUGUGCACAGGUGACAACAUCGAUACGGCGGUGGCCAUCUCACGCCAGUGCGGCAUCUUUAACCCCUACUACGGCGACCUUGCGAUGACUGGCCAGGACUUCCGCAAUCUUGUGUACGACGCAUACGGCGACGACGAGCGCAUGGCGAAGUUCUGGCCGGUGCUGGACCACAUGACGGUGAUGGCGCGCUCGCAGCCGCUGGACAAGCAGCUCCUUGUGCUGAUGCUGAUGACGCGCGGCGAGGUUGUCGCUGUGACUGGCGACGGCACGAACGACGCGCCUGCGCUGCGCCUUGCGAACGUUGGGUUCGUGAUGCGGAGCGGGACGGACAUUGCGGUGAAGUCUGCGGACAUUGUGCUGCUGGACGACAACUUCCGCUCUGUGCAGCGCGCCGUUGUGUGGGGCCGGUGCGUGAACGACAACAUCCGCAAGUUCCUGCAGCUGCAGUUGACGGUGAACUACGUGUCCGUGGCGCUGACGUUCAUCGGGUCGCUCAUGGCGGGCGGCCGUUCGUCGCCGCUGACGACGGUGCAGUUGCUGUGGGUGAACCUGAUCAUGGACACACUGGCCGCCUUGGCGCUUGCGACGGAGGAGCCGACCGAGGAGUGCCUGAGACGGCAGCCCAUUCACCGCAAGGCGCCGCUGGUCUCGCGCCGCAUGCACAUGACCAUAUUCACUGUAGCCGCUUACAUGCUGGGUCUCACGCUAAGUCUGCAGGUGUACGGACACGCCUGGUUUAAGGCGGGCCCGGUCGACGGCGUUGAGCAUCAGACAAUCGUCUUCAACGUGUUUGUGUUCGGUGCCUUGUUCCAGAUGUUCAACUGCCGCAAGCUGUACGAUGAGCUGAACGUGCUGGAGGGCAUAUGGUGCCGCUCAGGACCCUUCAUCGGCGUUGUCAGCUUCUGCUUCCUCUUUCAGGUUAUCGCCGUGCAGACGUUCGGCGACUUCAUGGAGGUCACCGCCCUUCGGUCGGAGGAGUGGCUUGCAUGCGUGAUCCUGGCCACCGGCGUGCUCUUCAUCGGCUUCGUGGCUCGACUCAUUCCUGUUUGCGAGCCGCAGUUUGAGAAGGCGUUCGACGGCAGCAUGCUCGACGAGGACGCCAAGGCGAUGCUGGCGAGACUCGACAACGCGGUCACCAAGGCGCAGGCGGCGACUGACGAGUACAAGGAGGGCAUCUACCUUGAGAAGGCGCGCCGGCUUCGAGCGCGUGCCCUGUGGAGUGAGGCACGCCACCACCAUCUCAACGUGAGCCGUAUCGUCAAAGCGUUCCGCCGCCGAAGGGCGGAGAGGAUUGAGGAGGGCAGUCUCUUGAGCGUCAUGUAA